GACCAUAUUCUCCUACAUUCAAUUUGUAUUUUUACAAAACCAUUUCAAUGGGGGAAGAAGCUUUUGAGUCGACAAUCAAGGUCACAAUAAGUGAUGAGAAAAUUCACUCUAAAGAUGUUGCCAAGAAAUCAAUGUCUUCUACUUCCCUAUUGUCUAAACUUCAUGCAGGCUAUUUCAGAAUUACCCUCUCUCUAGGUGGUCAAGCGUUGUUAUGGAAAAUUCUAACUGAACAUUUGGUCAAAUCACAAACCUUUAAACACAAAUAUCACUCACUCCCUUCAACUACUUUCCUUCUACUAUGGUGGAUUUCACUUUGUACCCUUAUGAUCCUCUCUUUUCUCUACAUUUUAAGGUGCAUUUUUCACUUCCAAUUAGUGAAAUCAGAGUUCUUGCACCCUGUUGGUGUCAAUUAUCUCUUUGCACCAUGGAUUUCUUGGCUUCUAUUGCUCCAAUCAGUGCCAUUCACAAUCCCAAAUCUUUAUUCUUGCCAAGUUUUAUGGUGGAUAUUCGUAGUCCCCGUGGUGAUUCUCGAUGUGAAAAUUUAUGGACAAUGGUUCACUACUGAGAGGAAGUUCUUGUCAAUGGUUGCAAAUCCAACAAGUCAACUUUCUGUUUUGGGAAAUUUGGUUGGUGCUUGGAUAGCUAGCCAAAUGGAGUGGAAGGAAAGUGCAAUUUGCAUAUUUACACUUGGAUUAGCACACUAUUUAGUUGUGUUUAUCACGCUUUAUCAGCGAUUAUCGGGUAGUAAUCACCUUCCUGCCAUGCUUAGACCUUCAUUUUUCUUGUUUGUGGCUGCACCUAGCAUGGCUAGCUUAGCAUGGGCUUCUAUUUCUGGGGAUUUUGAUAUGCCAUGCAGAAUGCUCUUUUUUCUUUCACUAUUUCUCUUCAUCUCUUUGGUUUGUAGACCAGCAAUAUUCAAGAAAUCAAUGAGGAAAUUCAAUGUUGCAUGGUGGGCUUAUUCAUUUCCCCUCACAUUCCUAGCCUUAGCCUCUGCACAAUAUGCACAUCAAGUGAAAGGCCAUGUUGCUUCUGGGCUAAUGCUUCUUCUCUCUGCCCUCUCUGUUCUUGUUUUUGUUGGUUUGACUGUGUCCACAGCCCUCAAUCUUGACAUGCUGUUGCAUGAUCAUGAUAGAUAUUUAAACUUCACUAGGAGCACUAACUAGUGUAUGUGUUGCUCAGAUUCUUCAAAAAUGUUGAUGGGCACGUGUUGGAUCCUCCAAAGUAGUGUGUUUUUGAAGGAUUUGAGACGGAUGCGACGACAUUUUUAGAGAGUUCGAGCAGUAGAUUACUACUCUAUUUCAAGAAAUGAUUAUGAGAAAGCCUAGUGCUAAUAUUACUAUGAUUCCUCAUUUGGUUUAUAUAUUUUUCUUUUGUUACUCCCUCUCUGUUUUAUUUUUAUAUAUCUUAGUUUGACUAGAUACAGAAUUUAAGAAAAUAAAGAAGACUUUUGAAUCUUGUAA